AUUCACUGAACCGGACUAACACGCUCCUGAACCGGCUCUCUGUCCUGCCGCACAAUAAUGACUUUAUUAGGACGUUUCCGGUGAGUUGACAUGAGACACCGUGAAACUCCCGCGAAAAUGAGCAACUCAGAGGUCCAGUGGUCUCCCCCCUCAAACCUGCCCGCAGACCAUGUGCUGAACUCUGGAGCGGUCAUAUUCCCCGGUGCUUUUGAUCAGCAUGGAUGUCCUCUGGUUAUAUUUCCUGUUGAGUCUCAAUGUAAACUAUCACAGGAGGUCAGCAGGGAGGAGGUGUCCCACUUCAUACACUACUGUCUGCGCCUGCACAAUAAAGGAGAGGCGAGUCUGGUGUCUGUGGUGGUGGAUUUGAGGCAAGCUAAUGUCGCCAUUGCACGGUUCAUUGGUGAAACACUUCUGUUAUUAGAGUUAUGCAGGAGGAUCAUACAUUCAGUUUAUAUUGUUCAACCAAAGAAGAAAGAUGUUUUAAAGCAGCUGGGGAAAAUACUGUCACCAAACGGCUCCAAACAGCACAGACCUGUCCUCUUCAAACUCGUUUUCCUCAAAGACGUUUUUGAACUUUCCAACUACAUCGACAAAAGCCAGUUAACAUCUAGUUUAGGGGGAUACCUCCUAUACUGCCACACCAGUUGGGUUGUCUUCAUUAAGGAGAUUGAUGGGUUUGUGCAGGCGUUCUUGUCUGUGGUGAAUAGACUGCCAUCCUGUAUCUCGACUCUGCAGUUGCUCACAAAACUACCUGUACCUGCAGACCAUGAGCGACUGCAAAACUUCUGCUCCGUGAAUGAGGCCCGAUUCCAGAAGCUCAGGAGGGAUCUUGGUCUGGAUGACUUGCUGAAGCACUGUGAGUGUUUAUUGAAGAAACUGCAUUUCCCUGAAAAUGAGCCGUGUUUUCACACAAUGGCUGGAACGUUCCUCUUCUCACACACCACACUAGAGAUGCUCCACAACUACAACCGGAUAACUGCUGCAGUGGAGAAAGUGGAGUUGCUGUGGCAACAGGCCUUUUUCAAAGCUCGCCUACAAUUACAGAUCCUUCAUCUACAAAGAGAAGCGCAACAGAUACAAGAGCAAAUGAUUAAUUUGCACAGAGAGAAGCUGCAGCCCUACAGGAUUCAUGUGUCUCAAGAUGCCCACAGCGCUGAAAUACUGAGGCUGGAGUUUGAGGCUUCAAUAUACACACAUGCGAUGGCACUGGUUCGUCGUGCUGAGGACGUCAUUCACACGUUCACGGAGACCGUUCCAUUAACGGAGAGCCGUCCCAGAGAGCAUUGGGUGGAUGAUCUGGAAAGACUGAAGGAGAACCUCUAUGCUGCUGUUCAACGUCCUUAUCAGACUCUGAGAACUGUGUCAAACUUUCAUCACACCUGUAACCGAUGCAAGAACUGGUACAAUCUAGUGCUGUGUGAGACCUUCCUGCAAGACCUGCUGUGGAGUGGGAGUUGUGGAGGUCCGAGCGAGAUCAGCUCUUCUCCAGAUUUGUGUACAGGCCUGCCCCCCUGGAGACGAGGAGUCGAGACCUUCCUUAGGAGAAAUCCCUGCCCUGAGGUGCAGGAGUUGGUGAAGUUGGCACAUCUUGCUCAUUUUAUUACUGACCCCUACCUUCAGCAUACUGGCAAACAACUGGCUCACAGAUGCAUGACUCUGCAGAGACUGUUGACCUUGCCUGGUUCUGUGCCUCUUCACGACCUUCAGCUUGCACUUCAGUGGCAGUAUGAGUACCUUAAGGGCAACCACAAAAUCUCUGAUAUCACGACCCCUGAGGUUGUUCGGAAUACCUGCAGUCUCCCUCAAGACUCUGGCUUUGCAUCCAACUUUGUCCCAUGCAGACACUCUGAUUCUCAUUGUGAGAAUUUGUCAGAUUUAGCCAAAUGGCCUUCAGUAGGGGAUUGUCACCAUCAGGUCUUGUCCAGUGGAGCUCCCGGGAUGGUGUCCGCUGCAGGCAAACCCCUCUCUCUCAGCUCAUUUGACUCUGGAUUUGAUGGAGCAGGAAGUAGUCACUUGGAUACCAGGAGUAAGAGGGAUGGACUUCCCAAGUUUCUGGUAAAUGGAGACUCUGCUUUCAAAUUGAAACCCCUUCAUGCACAAAUUCACGAGGAGGUAUUUACGAGUGUGUCUGAUUCCGAGGAGCAGCAUGAAGAACUAGAGUUCAGUUUAAAGAGGGAUGCCACUCGGGCCAGUAUUCAGAUUGUUCCCAAAGUAACCUCUAAUUCAUUAAACCUUGAGAUAAAGUUGAAACGUUCAGCCACACAACUCAAGAACCCUUGGCUUGGCCUCCCUAUAGAUGACUUGCAGAGCGCUUAUAUGGUUACAAUCACACCCAACUCUAACCAGCAGAGGGACCUGAAGAGUCCCAGUCUCUCAGAACACUCGUAUCGCACUGAUCAAUCCAACCGGUCACAAGAUCAACCUUCUCAAACUGAUGGCUUGAGCUGUGCUCACAACAAAGGCACCAAGAGCAGCAUCUUCCAGAAUCAGGAUAGCUUUGAGGGCUCAGAGUUGAAUCCCAUUGGGAAUGUUCUGUCCAGUACUAUAACUGAUGAGGAAAAACCCAGCAACACAGUGGAUGGUGAGCCAUCUCUUCUGUGGGACACAUUUGAUCUCCACAACCUUAGACGGGACUCUUUUGAAAGGAUGGAUGCAUCUGUUAACGACUGGGUUCAUAGAGAACAACAAGAGCUUAAAGAGGUGGAGGAGACUUUAGACCGAGCUGCUGAGAUACUGCAGGAGGAAGAGCGUGUACUUGCACAGGAAGUGCUCCUCGAUGAUCUGUUUAAGACUGAGGACCUGCACAAACAUUGGCCCUUAUGGAACAGAGAAGACCAGCACAGUCUGAUGUCACCAAAAGAUCUGUCUGAAUCUGGUGUGAUUGGAUUAGACGAUGAUAGUGAACUCUCCUCCUUGCACUCUGAGAUUUUGAAAACAAGUGAAAUUUGUGAAAACUGCCCAGAUUCCCCAGGAUUAGCCACUGAAUGCCUUGCUCAUGUGAAUGAACCUGUGCAGGUGGAUACAAGAUGUCCUAAGGUUGACAGAAGUGUUAUGCUUCAGGAGCUUAAAGAUCUUAAAGAUCUUGAGGAGCAAAUUAUGAAGGAGACUUUGAAACUCGAUGCUCUGCGCUGCAGUGAAGCUGAGGUAUUUCUAUCUGAACACCCAUCUCAGGCUCUUGUCAUGACACGGAGCUCCUACAGGGAGAGGAGCGAGAUGCAUGCUCAUCUGGAGGAAGAAACGCGGGAAGUUGAGAAGAUGGAGCGAAGCCUGAGUCGAGAGAUGGAGAAAGCUAGAAAGGUGAGGAAGAGGUCGAGCAAAGGCCACAAAGUUGUGAAGUGUUCCAUCAUGGAGAAGGACUCAAAGCUGAAAGAUCUGGACAAUGAGCUGUUGAGAAACUGUAGGCUCCAGCAGCAGAGCUUUCAAAAUCUUGAAUCGCAUCAUUACAAACCUCUAAUUCCGGCCGCUGAUCAAUCAAAUCCUCAAAAACCUUCAUGUUCAGCAUCAGAGGAAUCUAGCCAUGACAUACCUCAAUAUUCAGCCACUGAAAAAUGCCCAUAUCUACGGUUACAAUGGAAAAAUUUUGAGUGCACCAGUCACACACUUCCAAAUCAAGAAGCAAAGCAAGUUGCCAAUCCCCAAGACUCGAAUUUGCCCUCUGGGUCUUCAAGUUCUGAAGACACCAGUCAAGAACCUCCAAAUCAAGCUGCAAAUGAAGAUAUGAAUCCUUACGACUUAAAUUUGGUUUCUGGGCCUUUAGGUACAAUAGCCCCAACCAAAUCUGUUCCUAACACAAGUCUAAGUGAGCACUGUGAUGUGGAGACUGUUGCAGCAUCCUCAACCCAGAAGGCCAAUCACGAGCAAGGUCCUGGUGGCAUGUUACUUGAAACUCCAGUACCUGCACCAAGAAGUGCAUUUCCUCUUGACAGCAAACAAACACAAAUUAAUUCUGAGAAAAGUGCAUCAGCAGCUAAUAAUGCAGCCAGACAAGGACAAUCAGAAUCAGAGGUAUUAGUCUUGUAUGACAACAUUACCCCAAAAUCCAGAGAGCGGACAAACCCACCAUUGAGCAAAUCUCAAGGACUGCAAAUGCAUAACAACAACAAAAGCACUCCUGUCCAGCCUGUGUUAUACAGUGACAGUUCUGAAACCCAAGAGAACUCUACACAGAGAGAAUUUUAUCACAAAGACUCCGUUGGGGUGGCUGGGCAGUACUCUUGCCAUUUACAGUAUAAAAAUGGUGUUCAGUACGACGGUGGAGGCUCCACAAGGGCUUUCUGCAGAUCUCCGCUUAACCAGCUGCAGCUGCACACUUUCACUAGACAGAUGACGGAUUAUAAGACCAGCAUCGUGUUGGACACUGGAUCUGGUUUGAUGAAGGCAGGAUUUGCAGACCAGGACCUUCCAACUACUGUAUUCCCCACUGUCAUUGGGCAUCCAAAAUAUGAGGAAAUCAUGAAUGGUAGUGUGGACAGAGAAGUGUAUAUUGGGCAUGAUGCACAGCACAUGAGGGGAGUGCUAACCCUGAAAUACCCCAUAAGAAGUGGAGUUGUUCGCAACUGGGAUGAGAUGGAGAUGAUCUGGCAUCAUGCGUUCCAGCAGCUUGGUGUGGACUCUGAAGAUCAUCCAGUGUUGCUGACAGAAGCGGCCAUGAACCCGGUUCAGAACCGGCAGAGAAUGGUCGAGCUGAUGUUUGAGGCCUUUAACGUCCCCCUCACGUUUGUGGCCAUGCAGGCUGUUCUCGCGCUCUACGCCUCAGGACGAACCACAGGUGUGGUGUUUGACUCUGGUGAUGGUGUGAGUCACAGUGUUCCCGUGUUUGAGGGGUACUGUCUCCCUCAUGCUGUGCAGCGCUUCAAUCUCGCUGGAGCAGACGUCACCCUGCAGCUUCAGAAGUUGCUGCUGGAGCUGGGUGUGUGUAUGCGCACGUCUGCAGAGCAGGAGAUUGUACGUGAGAUAAAGGAGAGGUGUUGCUGUGUGGCUCUGGAUUAUGAAGCGGAGUUCAGGAGCAGAGGAACGUCCUCACAGUUGCACUACACACUACCUGAUGGACAGCUCAUCUCGCUCGCCACAGAGCGCUUCAGAGCACCAGAAAUCCUGUUCAAGCCGGAGCUGAUUGGACGAGAUCAUUAUGGGAUGCACGAGAGCAUUUUCAAAUCCAUUCUCCAAUCAGACAUCGACCUGCGGCGGAGUUUUGUGGGAAAUAUUGUUCUGUCCGGUGGUAACACGCUGUUGUCUGGACUCCCCGAGCGCCUGCAGAAGGAGAUGAGAAACAUGGUUCCUGCGGACCUGACGGAGUGUGUGAGAGUGACGAGUCCGAGCGACCGAGACUUCUCCGUGUGGUGUGGAGGAGCCAUACUGGCCAACCUGCCCGCCUUCACCAGCGCCUGGAUCAGCGCAGAGGAAUAUGAGGAGUUUGGCCCGCAGAUUGUGUUCAGGAAGUGCUUCUGAGAUCUCCAACAGGAAGCUGAAAGUCGUUUUAACCAAGUUUACCCUAUACGCUCUUAUAAUGGUGCCAAACGUCAUUUUGUGGAUUUUUAAAAGUGUUUUUUCAAUCAUGUGGGUAAUUAUCAGUAUUUAUGGUACCUGAUGAGUUUUAAUGAAUGAGUACUUAAGCCAUGUUGUAAUAGCAGGUUUCCAAGACAAAAUAGGCUUUAUUUUUUAACAAGCUCUUAAUGGUAACUUUGGUUGUAUCAAUCUCAUAAUUGAAUUAUAAUAUAGUCACUCCAUGUCUAAUAUGUAAAAUUGUAUCUGUCUGUGUGUGCAUAUAUAACAGAUCUGAGAUAUAAAUGUAACUUUCAGUGUCAUUCUGAUGCUGUUUGUGGACGGAAGGCUGACCUGCGUUUAAUGAUAUUGUAGUUUUUAUUGAAACACGUCAACGCAUUGUUCAUCAUCAUCAUCAGAACAUUAUAUGUGAAGAGAUGCUCAUGUGCACAAUUUCUUGAACUUUUCUUCAGGUUCUUUGCAGGCUUGAUUCACGGAGCAGAACUGUUUUUUAUUGUUUAAUGUGUGCGAGUGCCAAAUUGAACUUCACUUAUCCUGUGUGAUUCUCUUGGGUUUUUCUUCUCUUAAUCUGGGGAAACAGUUUUGAAGUGAAUAUGAAUGGAUUACACACAUCUCCUGUUGGUGAUUCUCACAGACCCCUCUGUGUUCAGGAGACAAUAAAUGCACCUUAUCUGUGUUUGUGCUGCUGACUCAACGCACAAACUGUAAAUCUCUGGGGUUUGUUCUUGUGUACAUGUUUAAUAGGUUUAGGACGAAACAUCUGAUCCUGUUACGUGUUGAGCAGUUUAAUGUUGCUCAAUGUAUUGCAUUUAAUGCACAAUCCAGCAUCGGCGUCUGUUAAACCACAUAAUGUCCUGAACUUUAUGCAAUAAAUAUUCAUUCUAA